AUGUCCACAAAAUCCUGCUACCUCUACUUGCUAUCUGAGAACAUGGUCCAGCCGCAUUGCGUUGAUAAAUUUAGUUUUACUUUUCCUUCCCUGGAUUGGCCUGCCACUUGCCGUUCCCUGACCUUCUUCGAUCACGACCGCCCAGUUAUCGAUCUAAACUGGAAAAUUGCUCAUGGCGUCCUGUACACCGCCCAGCGCCUCGUUUCUUUCGGGUUGUCAGUCCCCCUCCCCUGUGUCUGUGGUGCUCCUCUGGAGUCCCUGGAACAUCUGUUUUUCUACUAUCCUCUUGCGCAUAGUGUCCUUUCUUGGCUCCAGUCUCUUAUGUUCUGUUUCUCCCCUACGUGUCCUGUCUUCUUGGUCCGUCACGUUCUCUUUGGCUUCAACUCUGACGAGUUGGUAGCCACCCCUCGUAUCUUUGUGCACCUCCUAAACCUGUCCAAGUUCUGUAUCUGGCAAUCCCGAAAUGACUUCCGUUAUCGUAACAUCCAUCCUGGCGCUGUGGCGGUUAUGGCCAACAUCAAAUCCCGCCUGAAGUUUUUCCUUCGGCUACUCUUGAAGCGCUUCCGGUCCGAUAGGCGUCGGCGUUAUUUCUUCCGUCAGUGGGGCGCCCGCGGAACUGUAGUUUCCGUUGUAGAUAGCUCCCUGGUCUUCUCCUUUUAA